GACGCCGCACCUCACGACGGGAGGAACGGUAUGGUGGAUGGUGACGCACAGUAACGGAUGGCGAAAGUCCUCCAUGCCUGAUUUCUUUUAACGGAGUACCUGAUCUAUUGACGUAAUAUUUUGUACGAUGGGCGACUCGGACGAUGAGUACGACAGGAAGAGGAGAGACAAGUUCAAAGGGGAACGGACAGAGUCUUAUUCGAGGGAAGGUCGUAGAGACGAUAGGAGAAGAGAUGACUGGGUCGACAGCAACUAUUCUAGAGAGUGGUCCAGUCGACCUAGGCAACGUCCGGACUACAGGGAGUAUCGUGGUGGUGGGGGCGGAGGAAGAGACAGGUACAGUCCAGCUAGGUCGCAAGAAAUGGCCCCACCGAUGAAAAGAAUGAGGGCAGAUUGGGACGAUCGUCCUAGAUACGGUCACGAUUAUUACGGAGGUGGUGGAGGUGGGGGUGCAUCCUGGGGACCAGAUCAUUACCCUCCACCUCAUCACGGCAAUCAUCAUUAUGGAAAUCAUGCUAAUAGCAGCAGUCGUGAGGUGGCUGGCAACUUCAGUAAUUCGAAUGUGGAGACCCAGCCGCCGAUGAUGUCUUUCAAAGCGUUCCUGGGGACACAGGAGGAUACGAUCACCGACGAGGAAGCUAUCAAACGUUACAACGAGUACAAGCUGGAGUUCAGGCGUCAACAGUUGAAUGAGUUCUUCGUCGCUCACAAGGACGAGGAAUGGUUCAAAAUUAAGUACCAUCCUGAAGAGUCUGUGAAGAGAAAGGAGGAACAAGUGUCUGCCCUUAAGAAACGCGUUGAAGUUUUCUUAGAAAUGCUUGACGCCGAAGAGAUCGACAAGGUUUCGGUAGACGCCGAGCAAGCAGACGCUUUGCUUCAUUUGUUGGAUGCUGUAGUAAUUAAACUAGAAGGCGGUACCGAGGAAGAUCUGCAAGUUCUAGAUGUGAAGCUAGUAAACCCAAUUAUUUCGAAAGAGGUUGCUAAAGAGAAAGAGGACGCGAAGAAUAAACCUGCGGUUGAUAAGAAAACAGACAAUAGCGAAGUUAGUAAACCGGAAGAGCCUUCGCGUCCAGAGAAAACGUGUAAAAACGGACAGCCCGCGGACGUGGAAAUGAAGAUUGUGGAAAAGGAGGAGAACUUGAACGAGGAGCCUGCGAAAUCUGAAGAGACAGUUGAGGAACCGAAGAAAGACGAUGACAUGGAAGGGAACGGUAAAUUAGAAGAAAUUAACCCCAAGAAAAGGAAGCGCACCGACAGCAACAGUAGCAGCAGCAGCAGCAGUAGCAGUAGUAGUUCUUCGGGCAGCGACAGCAACAAACCCGACACACCAAAGGAAGAAGCUUCUACCGGCGAGAAAGCGGACGCGAGCAACGAGAACGUGGAAGCUGGGGAAGAGAAAGAAGAAGAACGAGAAGCUAACAAGUCUGACGGUGAACCAACGGAACCUAAGAAGGCUGCGAUAGAGCCAGAGGCUGUGAUCGACCUCGCCAGCGAAGAUAAGGAGAAAGAGCCUAGGGCAUUGCACAAAACUAGCAGCAUUUUCCUUCGUAAUUUGGCACCUACCAUCACGAAAGCAGAAGUAGAGGCGAUGUGCAAACGCUUUCCUGGAUUCUUACGAGUUGCCAUCGCAGAUCCUCAGCCGGAAAGGAGAUGGUUCAGAAGAGGAUGGGUGUCCUUCGAGAGACAAGUUAACAUAAAGGAGAUAUGCUGGAGCCUGAAUAAUAUUCGACUCAGAGACUGCGAGCUGGGUGCGAUAGUGAACAGAGAUCUCUCGCGUCGCAUUCGCACGGUGAACGGCCUGACAUCCCACAAGCAGAUCGUUCGACACGACAUCAAACUGAGCGCAAAAAUCGUGCAUAAUUUGGACAACAGAGUCGGUUUGUGGAACGAAGAGAGGAAAGAGGAUAGCGCGGCGAAGCAGGAAGAGGACAUCAAAGAUGUUAAAGGCGCACAAAAUGCUCACGAGGUUGAGCAAGCUGCGUUCGGACUAUCUUCGAAGAAUCCAGUGUUGAAGAACAUAACCGAUUACCUGAUAGAGGAAGCAUCUGCAGAGGAGGAAGAGCUGCUAGGAAUGUCCGGCGACCAGGAGGAGGGACAGCUGGGAGGUGACGGGGAUGGACCCAUCGAGAGAGACCCGACACUAGUCAAGGUACUCGAUAGACUGAUUCUCUACCUGCGGAUAGUGCACUCCGUUGAUUACUACAAUCACUGCGAGUACCCUAACGAGGACGAGAUGCCUAACAGGUGUGGCAUAAUGCACGUCAGAGGAUCGCCUCCGACCGCCAAAGUGUCCAGCACCGAGUUAUCAGAGUACUGUCGUAAUUUCGAGAGCAAGAUGGCAGCCUUCUUGCAGCCGGUCGCCACUCUGUCCCACGAAGAAUUUGAUAAGCUCGGUGCCAAGAACGCGGAAACUGAAGUGGAGAAGUUCGUGCAAGCGAAUACGCAAGAAUUGUCGAAAGACAAGUGGUUGUGUCCACUCAGCGGGAAGAAGUUUAAGGGUCCGGACUUCAUUCGCAAACAUAUCUUCAACAAGCACGCGGAGAAGGUGGCCGAGGUCAAAGCAGAGGCGGAAUAUUUCAACAAUUAUUUGAGGGACCCGAAGAGGCCACAGUUGCCCGAACAUCCUGGCAACAAGGCGCCACCCAGAGAAGGUGGUAUGCGCGAGGGUGGAUUCAACCCCUACGGAUGCUCCACAUUCGGAAGUUACGGGAGCGGUUACGGUAGCAACAGAGGAGGAGGCUACGGGUCCAGUUACGGCGGAGGAUUCGGUGGAGGAUUCGGAAUGCCCCGCCCAAGUCGCGGUGGUUUCAAUAGAGGACGUGGCGGUGGAGGAGACUUCCGACCAGUCAUUCAUUAUCGCGAUCUCGACGCACCGAGAGAGCCGGACGAGUUUCUCUAAAUUCUGCCGAUCGAGACACGCUCGAGAGGACCCAUGGAAACCGCUUGCUCGAACAGUACUUCGAUGCCUGCGUUAGAUUCACAGGACCCUCUUGAAAUAGACCGCCAAUACCUUGGCAACGUACAUCGAUGGUCGCAAAUGCUAUCUAUAGGCCGGAAAUGGACAAACUUACAGUUUCGUUUGAAACAUAAGCAAGGAAAGCAGUUAACGGGAACCGAGUUUAAUCGUUUUAAGAAUCAAUUUUUACGGUCUUGUCCAUUUCUGGCUUAGGAAUGAGAAGACUCGUCGGAUGUGCACAUCCACGAGAUUCCUCGGUUCUUGUCAGAGGCAGUAUAUGCUUUCUGAGUUUAAUCAGCUAUUUCGGCAACGGUCCGUAUUACCUGUAUAUAUUUAUCGUGUUGAAUACAUUUCGUUUGGACAAUGUUUCGCGUGAAAGGCUUAUUCGCAUUCAUGCGAAUGUUUGAAAUUUUUAUAUAGUUGCGAGGAAAUCCACUGUAUACAAAAAUAUAUGUAUGGUAUACCGCGAGUCUCUCUCGACAGCCAAGCUUUUUUAUUCCGUUAGUUAUGAUCGUAAGAUUUUUAAUCAGUCACGAAAUUCAAUUUAAAAGCAAAGCUGUGCUUCCCAGUUAUUUUUUGACAGUCAUGAUAUGUGCAAUGAGGGAGAACUACCGAUAAAAGAUUUUACGCAUAAUACCGAUGCGAAUCGAAACGAAACAUAGAAACAGAUCGUCCGGUUUCUGGAAGACUUGCAGCGCGUCUCGGAUGUGUACAAAUGCUGCGAGAACUGUUUCGUUUUGAUGACGAUGAUGCUGGUAAUAACGAUAAUGAUGACGACGACGAUAAUAAUAUAACGAGAGAGCGCGAAAAUAUAUGUGUAUGUGUCGUGUAUCUGUAGCACCGUGGAAGAAAGAGGAGGAAACCUAUAAAUGUAUAAUGUUUCAUUGAAAAAGACUUCGCGGUAUAAAAUACGGCACUUGUAAUCGACUAUUAUACAUCAAUAAAAUAUGUCAUUUCCUAA